AUGCUUCUGUCUCUUGUGUGUGUGUGUGUGUGUUUGUAUACUUAUCUGUGUGUGUGUGUGUGUGUGUGUGUGUGUAGAGCGGAGAGUACUGUAUGUGAGUUAGAGUUGCUGGGACGCGUAACGUCUUUGGACCUCAAUCAUGACCGGACAGAUCUUCUGGCCUGUUCACGUGACGACCUCAUGAAAAUAAUCGAUCUGCGCAGGAAUGCAGUGCGACAAACAUUGAGUGCUCAAGGUUUUAAGUGUGGUUCUGACUUCACCCGCGUGACCUUUAGUCCUGAUGGCCGUUACGUGGCAGCCGGAUCUGCAGACGGUGUUCUGUACAUUUGGAACGUUCUCACAGGCAAACUAGAGAAAACUCUUGAUAAGGGUCACAGUUCUGCCAUAAAUUCAGUGUCCUGGUCUCCAUCGGGUGCGUAUGUGGCCAGCGUUGAGAAAGGCAGCAAGGCCGUGCUGUGGUCGGAUAUGUGAUUGGCCGCUCUCUCUCUUGCCUCCGCUGUGAUUGGCUGAGCACUGCACUGUUGUGAUUGCACAAAACGAACUGUAUAAAAAGAAAGUGAGCCCCGCCUCUCACAUACCUCCAGUCGCUUGAACUACAUUACCCAUAAUGCCAUAUGUUUGGAGAUCUGUGGAUGCAGGAUGCCUUCUUCUGAUUGGACUGUGCUGUAUGCAUAAUAUAUACAUUAAUAUUUACAUCAACUUUCAUGCACUUUUGUGAGACGAUGAAGAUGCAGAAAAGAUUCAAGUUGUUCUUCAACUCUUAGGACUUCUUUUACCGCUGAUUUAAAAUGAGCGUGUUUGCGUUAGGAAUGUUCUGCUGGUAUCUUUGCAUUUGCCUUACACAGAUACAGGCCAUUUAAACUGGGAUAGUUCAAUAUAAAAAUGCACGUUCUGCAAUCAUUUACUAACUCAAGAUCCAAACCGGUUUGACUUAUUUUACUUCCAUGGAAAAUAUGUUGCAAUGGUGGAAGUAUGUAAGACUUGGUAAGUCAAACUUGUUUGGAACAACACGAGGGUGAGUAAAUAAUGACAGAAUUUUCAUUAUUUGGGUAAUUGUGUGUGUUUGUGUGUUUGACCUUGGUGAAGCUCAAUAGAUGGAUUCUGUUGCAGUUCCAGGUACACU